CCACCGCUGCUAUAUAAUAAUCUGUGAAACCAUGCACGUCUAGAGCUCAUGUGGAGGUAGUACAGAACGGAGCUCCGGAAAAUAUAUAAAACGGUUAAACGUCCGCCUUUACUUGUCGGGAGUUUUGGUAUCAUGGAAUUAAAUGAAGACUGGGCUGUGGAAAUUCUUUUGCGCUGAUCAAGCCCAAAUUGCUGCUAUUUAAGACAAGCUUUUCUCUCAGUCAAGGCUCAAUCCACGUUGACAAAAAUGUCGGACAAGAUGUCCAGCUUUCUCCACAUUGGGGACAUUUGCUCCCUGUAUGCGGAAGGAUCAACAAAUGGAUUUAUUAGCACUUUAGGUCUUGUAGAUGACCGCUGUGUGGUACAGCCAGACACUGGGGACCUCAACAACCCUCCCAAGAAGUUUCGAGACUGCUUGUUCAAGCUGUGUCCCAUGAACAGAUACUCUGCACAGAAACAGUUCUGGAAGGCUGCCAAACCUGGGGGAAGUAACACAACGGACACAGUGCUCCUAAACAAACUACAUCAUGCUGCUGAUCUGGAGAAGAAGCAGAACGAGUCUGAGAACCGCAAGCUGCUAGGAACGGUGAUUCAGUAUGGCAACGUCAUCCAGCUUUUGCAUGUGAAAAGCAAUAAGUACCUGACUGUGAACAAGCGUCUCCCGGCCCUGCUGGAGAAGAACGCCAUGAGGGUGACACUGGACUCGGCAGGAAAUGAGGGCUCUUGGUUCUACAUCCAGCCCUUCUACAAACUUCGCUCCAUUGGGGACAGUGUGGUGAUUGGGGACAAAGUGGUUCUUAACCCUGUGAAUGCUGGUCAGCCCCUUCAUGCUAGCAGCCAUCAGCUGGUGGACAACCCAGGCUGCAACGAGGUGAACUCUGUGAACUGUAACACUAGUUGGAAAAUUGUUCUGUUUAUGAAAUGGAGUGACAACAAGGAAGUCAUACUGAAAGGGGGUGAUGUAGUACGGCUGUUUCAUGCAGAACAGGAGAAAUUCCUGACCUGUGAUGACCACCGAAAAAAGCAGUAUGUCUUCCUUAGGACCACCGGCCGCCAGUCUGCCACUUCUGCCACCAGCAGCAAGGCCUUAUGGGAAGUGGAGGUGGUACAACAUGACCCCUGCCGGGGCGGGGCUGGCUACUGGAACAGCCUGUUUAGAUUCAAACACCUGGCCACUGGACACUAUCUGGCUGCAGAGGUGAGUCAGGUGAACCCAGAUUAUGAGGAAGAGUGCCAGGAGUCCCGCUCUUUACUGAAUGAAUGUGUGGUGGAUUUUAUCCCCUUUAAUUUCCAGCUGGACUCUGAACAUGAAGCCCUACGUGCCCGUCUACGUACCCCCCAGGAAAAGGCCAUGUGCACUCUGAUAUCUGUUCCUGAUGGCAACGACAUCUCUUCCAUCUUCGAGUUGGACCCUACCACUCUGAGAGUGGGGGACUCCCUGGUGCCCAGGAGCUCCUAUGUGAGGCUCAGACACUUGUGCACGAACACAUGGGUCCACAGCACCAACAAUCCCAUAGACAAAGAGGAGGAGAAGCCUGUGAUGUUACGGAUUGGCACAUCUGCAGUCAAGGAAGAUAAAGAGGCCUUUGCCAUCGUGCCAGUCCCGCCUGCGGAAGUGAGAGACUUGGACUUUGCCAACGACGCCAGCAAAGUAUUGCAAUCCAUUGCAAGCAAACUGGAGAAGGGCACCAUAACUCAGAAUGAGCGGAGGUUUGUCACCAAGCUUCUGGAGGAUCUGGUCUUCUUUGUGGUGGACAUUCCCAACAGCGGGCAGGAUGUCCUGGAGAUCAUGGUUAACAAGCCCAACCGGGAGAGGCAGAAGCUGAUGAGGGAGCAGAACAUCCUAAAACAAAUUUUCAAGCUGCUGCAGGCGCCCUUCACAGACAGUGGCGAUGGCCCCAUGUUGCGAUUGGAGGAGCUUGGUGACCAACGCCACGCCCCCUUUAGGCAUAUCUGCCGCCUGUGCUACCGGGUCCUGCGACACUCCCAGCAAGACUAUAGGAAGAACCAGGAGUACAUCGCCAAGCAGUUCCGCUUCAUGCAGAAACAGAUUGGGUAUGACGUGCUGGCCGAGGACACCAUCACUGCCCUGCUGCACAACAACCGCAAGCUCCUGGAAAAGCACAUCACGGCCGCCGAGAUCGACACCUUCGUCAGCCUCGUGAGGAAGAACCGGGAGCCGAGGUUCUUGGACUACCUGUCGGACCUGUGCGUGUCCAUGAACAAGUCCAUUCCUGUAACCCAGGAGCUCAUUUGCAAUGCGGUUCUGGACCCAGCCAACAGUGACAUCCUCAUUGAGACCAAGCUCGUGUUGUCGCGGUUUGAGAUUGAGGCGGUUGUGAAUGGAGAGAGCCCUGUGGAGUCUCAGGAGGAUGAAGAGGAGGUAUGGCUCUUCUGGAAGGACAACAGCAAGGAGAUCCGCAGCAAGAGCGUUCGAGAGCUGGCCCAGGAUGCCAAGGAGGGCCAGAAAGAGGACCAGGAGGUGGUCAGCUACUACAGGUACCAGCUGAACCUGUUCGCUCGCAUGUGCCUGGACCGGCAGUACCUGGCCAUCAACAAGAUCUCUGGCCAGCUGGACGUGGACCUGAUCCUGCGCUGCAUGUCCGAUGAAGACCUGCCCUAUGACCUGCGUGCCUCAUUCUGUCGCAUGAUGCUGCACAUGCAUGUGGACCGCGACCCCCAGGAGCAGGUUACACCCGUCAAAUACGCCCGGCUCUGGUCCGAGAUCCCCUCCAAAAUUGCCAUCGAUGACUAUGACAACAAUGGAGCUACCAGGGACGAGAUCAAGGAGCGCUUUGCCCAGACAAUGGAGUUUGUGGAGAACUAUUUGAGAGACGUGGUCAGUCAGAACAUCCCCUUUUCUGACCAGGAGAAAAAUAAACUCACAUAUGAGGUUGUGAAUUUAGCCCGAAACCUUAUUUAUUUUGGCUUUUAUAACUUCAACGACUUGCUGAGGCUGACUAAGAUCCUGCUGGCUAUUCUUGACUGUGUUCAUGUCAGCACCAUCUUCCCCAUGAACAAAAUGGAGAAGGGAGAUGAGACCAAAGGAAGUAAUGUCAUGAGGUCCAUCCAUGGAGUGGGUGAGCUGAUGACACAGGUAGUCCUGAGGGGAGGCGGCUUCCUCCCCUCAACCCCCACCAACCCGCCAGAUGGAGACGUGGUCAAGGCACAGGUGGAGCCAGAGAAGGAAGACAUUCUGGUGAUGGACACCAAGUUGAAGAUCAUUGAAAUACUGCAGUUCAUUCUUAACGUGCGGCUGGACUACCGGAUCUCCUGUCUGCUCUGCAUCUUCAAGCGGGAAUUUGACGAGAGCAGCUCCCAGAUGGACCUGACGUCAGGGGGCAGUCAGGAUGGGCCCAAGAUCAUGCCUGGAGCACUUGAUUUUGAGAACAUCGAAGAACAAGCAGAAGGGAUAUUUGGUGGAAGUGAGGAGAACACGCCCCUGGACUUGGAUGACCAUGGAGGGAGAACGUUCCUAAGGGUUCUGCUCCACCUGACUAUGCAUGACUACCCUCCCCUGGUGUCUGGGGCACUGCAUCUGCUUUUCAGGCACUUCAGCCAGAGGCAGGAGGUGCUGCUGGCCUUCAAGCAGGUUCAGCUCCUGGUGACCAGCCAGGAUGUGGACAACUACAAGCAGAUAAAGUCAGACCUGGACCAGCUGCGCUCCAUCGUGGAGAAGUCGGAGCUGUGGGUGUACAAGCGGCAGGGGCCAGAUGAGGCCUUGGAUGCGGGGGAUGGGCCUGCAGGUGAAUCCGAUCACAAGAAAAAGGGAGACUCGAGUUCCGGUGGCUCAGAAAAGAAGAAGCCAGAAAGCACCAGUAGUUACAACUACAGAGUGGUGAAGGAGAUCCUGCUGAGGCUCAGUAAGCUGUGUGUCCAGGAGGGGUCCUCAGGGAAGAAGAGCAGGAAGCAGCAGCAGAGGCUCCUGAGGAACAUGGGGGCCCAUGCCGUGAUUCUGGAGCUGCUGCAGAUCCCCUACGAGAAGGGGGAGGAUGUCCGGAUGCAGGAGAUCAUGAAGCUGGCCCAUGAGUUCCUGCAGAACUUCUGUGCAGGGAACCAGCAGAACCAGGCACUGCUCCACAAACACCUCAGCCUCUUCCUCAACCCAGGGAUUCUGGAGGCCAUCACCAUGCAGCACAUUUUCAUGAACAACUUCCAGCUGUGCAGCGAGAUCAACGAGCAUGUGGUGCAGCAUUUUGUGCACUGCAUCGAGACUCACGGCCGCAACGUCCAGUACCUCAAGUUCCUGCAGACCAUCGUCAAGGCGGAGAACAAGUUCAUCAAAAAGUGCCAGGACAUCGUCAUGGCUGAGCUGGUGAAUUCGGGUGAGGACGUGCUGGUCUUCUACAACGACCGCGCCUCCUUCCAGACGCUGGUGCAGAUGAUGCGGUCGGAGCGCGACCGCGUGGACGAGAACAGCCCGCUCAUGUACCACAUCCACCUGGUGGAGCUGCUGGCCGUCUGCACCGAGGGCAAGAACGUCUACACCGAGAUCAAGUGCAACUCCCUGCUGCCCCUGGAUGACAUCGUCCGUGUGGCCACUCACGAGGACUGCAUCCCCGAGGUGAAGAUUGCCUACAUAAACUUCCUGAAUCACUGUUAUGUGGACACAGAGGUGGAGAUGAAGGAAAUAUACACCAGCAACCAUGUUUGGAAGCUCUUUGAGAACUUCCUGGUUGACAUCUGCCGGGUGUGUAACAACACAAGUGACAGGAAGCACGCGGACGCCAUUCUGGAAAACUAUGUGACCGAGACGGUCAUGGGCAUCGUCACCACCUUCUUCAGCUCUCCAUUUUCUGAUCAGAGCACCAGUCUACAGACACGACAGCCUGUGUUUGUUCAGCUCUUACAAGGAGUGUUCAGGGUUUAUCACUGUACCUGGCUGAUGCCCACACAGAAGGCAUCUGUUGAGGGUUGUAUCAAAGUGCUCUCUGAUGUGGCGAAAAGCCGGGCUAUAGCCAUUCCUGUGGACCUGGACAGUCAGGUGAACAACCUCUUCGUUAAGUCUAACAACAUUGUUCAGAAGACAGCCAUGAGCUGGAGGCUGUCGGCACGGAACUCGGCCAGGAGGGACUCCACACUGACCACGUCCCGUGACUACAGGAACAUCAUCGAGAGACUGCAGGACAUUGUCUCCGCCCUGGAGGAUCGUCUGCGGCCGCUGGUCCAGGCCGAGCUCUCCGUGCUGGUGGACGUGCUGCACCGGCCCGAGCUGCUGUUCCCAGAGAACACGGACGCUCGGAGGAAAUGCGAGAGCGGAGGCUUCAUCUGCAAGCUGAUCAAGCACACCAAACAGCUCCUGGAGGAGAACGAGGAGCGACUGUGCAUCAAAGUGCUGCAGACUCUGCGGGAGAUGAUGGCCAAAGACCGAGGCUAUAGCGAGAAGCUGAUUACCCUUGAUGAUGAGAUCGAUGUGGCUGAGCUGGCCCCCCCGCCUGAGCCAGAGGUCCCUGCCGAGGAGCUUGAUCCAAACCAGCCGCAGAAGCAACUGGAGGAUCAGAAGAGGCGUGAAGCAUUGAGGCAGAUUCUGGUCAACCGUUACUAUGGAAACUUCAGGCCCGGGGGAAGGAGAGAGAGCCUGACGAGCUUCAGCAAUGGUCCCCUCACUGCAGGGGCGCAGGGAAAGGUCCAGGCAGGUGGAACCGGGGGAUCUGGGGCGGUAACUCGGGGGGACAUGAGUAUGGCUGAGGUGCAGUGCCAUCUGGACAGAGAGGGAGCUUCUGACCUGGUCAUCGAUCUCAUCAUGAAUGCAACUAGUGACCGCAUCUUCCAGGAGAGCAUCCUAUUGGCCAUCGCCCUGUUGGAAGGCGGGAACCCUGUCAUACAGCGCUCGUUCUACUGCCGGCUUACCGAAGACAAGAAAUCAGAAAAGUUCUUCAAGGUGUUCUAUGAGCGGAUGAAGCUGGCUCAGCAGGAGAUCAAAGCCACAGUGACGGUCAACACCAGUGACUUGGGAAGCAAGAAGAAGGACGAUGACGCACCCGACAAGGAUGAGAAGCCCAUGCGCAAGAAAGUGAAGGAUGUAGCUGCCGUGGUGACGGAGGAGGUCAGAGAGCAGCUGCUGGAGGCCUCGUCAGUCACCAAGAAGGCCUUCAACACGUACCGCCGCGAGGCCGACUCGGAGGAGCACCUGGCGUCGACCGACAGCCAGCCUAGCGCAGCUGACAAGGGCCAGGAGGAUGGCGAGAUGAGCGUCAUCAUCACCAUCAUGCAGCCAAUCCUGCGCCUCAUGCAGCUCCUGUGCGAGAACCACAAUCGUGAGCUGCAGAACUUUCUUCGCUGCCAGAACAACAAGAAUAACUACAACCUGGUGUGUGAGACGCUGCAGUUCCUGGACUGCAUCUGCGGCAGCACCACGGGGGGCCUGGGCCUUCUGGGGCUCUACAUCAAUGAGAAGAACGUGGCGCUCAUCAACCAGACCGUCGAAAGCCUGACAGAGUACUGCCAGGGCCCCUGCCACGAGAACCAGAAUUGCAUCGCCACUCAUGAGUGCAAUGGCAUUGACAUCAUCAUCGCCCUGAUCCUCAAUGACAUCAACCCUUUGGGGAAGAAGAGAAUGGACCUUGUGUUGGAACUCAAGAACAACGCAUCCAAGCUGCUGCUGGCUAUCAUGGAGAGUCGCCAUGACAGCGAGAAUGCCGAGAGGAUUCUCUACAACAUGAGGCCCAAAGAACUGGUGGAGGUGAUCAAGAAGGCCUACCUGCAAGGGGAGGUGGAGUACGAAGAGCCCAGUGAGGAUGAGGAGGCCCAGGAUGAGCAUGCUGCCUCCCCUCGGAACGUAGGCCACAAUAUCUACAUCCUUGCUCAUCAGCUGGCACGACACAACAAGGAGCUGCAGGCCAUGCUCAAACCUGGAGGCACUUAUGGAGAGGGAGACGAGGCCCUGGAGUUCUAUGCCAAACACACGGCUCAGAUCGAGAUCGUGCGGCUGGAUCGCACCAUGGAGCAGAUAGUCUUCCCGGUGCCCAACAUCUGCGAGUUCCUCACCAGCGAGUCCAAGCUGCGUGUGUACUACACCACGGAGCGCGACGAGCAGGGCAGCAAGAUCAACGACUUCUUCCUGCGCGCCGAGGACCUCUUCAACGAGAUGAACUGGCAGAAGAAGCUGCGAGGUACUCAAGAGGCUACCGGUAACACCAAAGCGGUUCCCUCCCAGCCCGUCCUGUACUGGUGUUCCCGAAACAUGUCCUUCUGGAGCAGCAUCUCCUUCAACCUGGCCGUGCUCAUGAACCUGUUGGUUGCUUUCUUCUACCCAUUGGACGGCAUUCGUGGAGGCACUCUGGAGCCCCAUCUGUCAGCCCUGCUCUGGACGGCCAUGUUGGUGUCCCUGGCCAUUGUGAUCGUCCUGCCCCAACCCCACGGCAUCCGGGCGCUGAUCGCGUCCACCAUCCUCCGCCUAAUCUUCUCCGUGGGCCUGGAGCCCACCCUGUUCCUGCUCGGUGCUUUCAAUGUCUGCAAUAAGAUCAUCUUCCUGAUGAGUUUUGUGGGGAAUCGUGGGACAUUUACCAGGGGCUACAAGGCCAUGAUAAUGGACGUGGAGUUCCUUUAUCAUCUACUCUACCUUAUAAUCUGCAGCCUGGGCGUCUUUGUCCAUGUGUUCUUCUACAGCUUGCUGCUCUUUGACCUGGUCUACAGAGAGGAGACUCUGCUAAACGUGAUUAAGAGUGUGACGCGUAAUGGCCGGUCCAUCGUCCUGACCGCAGUGCUGGCGCUCAUCCUGGUCUAUCUCUUCUCCAUUGUGGGAUACAUCAUUUUCAAGGAUGACUUCAUCCUGGCUGUAGACAGGAUACCAAAUAAAACCAUAGAGGGCGGAGCCAGCAUGGUCGGGGACUUCCUGUCAGCUGGAGUGUGUCGGAAGGAUAGCGGCGAGAACUGCUCUACAGAGGUUGUGGGGGAAGCGGUGUUCACGCAGCCGUCGGCCAUGGUGAUCGAGGACAAAGAGCGCACCUGUGACACCCUGCUGAUGUGCAUCGUCACUGUCCUGAGUCACGGGCUGCGGAGUGGAGGAGGAGUGGGGGAUGUCUUGCGCAAGCCGUCCAAGGAGGAGCCUCUGUUCGCUGCCAGGGUGAUCUAUGACCUCCUGUUCUUCUUCAUGGUCAUCAUCAUUGUCCUCAACCUGAUCUUUGGAGUCAUCAUUGACACCUUUGCUGACCUCAGGAGCGAGAAGCAGAAGAAAGAGGAGGUCCUCAAAACCACUUGCUUCAUCUGUGGACUUGAGCGGGACAAGUUUGACAACAAGACGGUCACCUUUGAGGAACACAUCAAGGUGGAGCACAAUAUGUGGCACUACCUGUUCUUUAUAGUUCUCGUGAAGGUGAAGGAUUCCACCGAGUACACGGGGCCAGAGAGCUACGUCGCCCAGAUGAUCAGGGAGCACAAUCUGGACUGGUUUCCUCGAAUGCGGGCCAUGUCUCUGGUCAGUAUGGAUGGUGAGGGUGAGCAGAACGAAAUCCGGAGCCUGCAGGAGAAGCUGGAGUCCACCAUGAAGCUGGUGUCCAACCUCUCGGGCCAGCUGACUGAACUCAAGGAGCAGAUGACAGAGCAGAGGAAACAGAAACAGCGCAUCGGACUCCUGGGCCACCCUCCGCACAUGAAUGUCAACCCCCAGCAGCCUGCCUGAAGGCCCUCAUCCUGACGCCCCCCACGCCCACUGGAGAGCCGGAUCCGGGAGGAGCUGCUGCUUCGCAUAGGAGUCCAAGCAUUUCAAAUGCUGAGCGUGUCAGUGCGUAGUGUACCAGUAGAAGCAGAAGUAUUUUGUAACAAAAAAAAAGAAAAACAGUUAGCCAUAUAAAAGUUUAGGCGCCUAGAUAUGAGCCAUCCUUUUGUCCACAACUCCCUCUUCCAUAACCUUUUCCCCACACUGUCCAGUUGGGAUUGGUGCCAAAUGUUUUCUAUAAAAAUGAAAGUAAACCCCAAUCACAUGGCCUUUACUGGGUGAACUUGAAGCACAGCUGAGCUGCACCAUGCAGAGGAAUGCAACAAACCCUGGAGCUCGACAAGAGGCCUGCCGAAAGAAAGUCUUUUUGUAUUUACAACCGGUAGAGUGAGCAGUAUUUAAUGUCUUAUUUUUGUAUUAUGUGCAAUAUGAAUACUUUGAUAUGCAGCCACUGUCAGUGUGUGUGACCUGUAAAUUGUCCUCAAAGGGAACAUAUUCAUUUUCUGAAAGAGAGAUUGUCUUUGUUUGUCUUUUGGGAUUGUCUUUGUUUCUUGUUUUUGAAAAUCCUUGGGAGAAAAAAAUAUUAAAUCUGAAAUCUGUUGUUAGAGAUUUCAUGUAGGAGAAAUUUCAGUUAGGAUAGCAGUUGGACCAAGUCAACAUUGCUUGUAUGGACCUUUUUAGUUUUAUUUAUUUUAUUUCAUUCAAAGUAUAUAUUUAAGUUAUAUUUAAGUUAUUCACAGGGCGCUUAAUAGGAAUUGUAUAUUUAUCUGGAAGCAACAUAUAGGUUCCUGUGUUCUUCUGAAAAUAACACAUCUGACAAGUGUUUGCACCAUUUAUAUGUCUGUAUUAUAAAUGUCUUUUAUGAUAUCUACAUUCAUACAAUCUGUUGGAAAUUAAUGUUUUAGAACAGUUGCUUUUGGGGUAGGCUUAUAAUGUUCAUUUAAAGCUGUGGGGGCUGUGAUAGAUUUUUCAAUUUAGUUUAUUCUGAAUUGCAGGCUCUUACAGUAAAGUUUCUAUAAUCACCAUUUAUGGAUUAUAUUGCUCUUUUUUGUGAAUGACACCUAUCCCUGGCGCCUGUUUUUGGUAUUAGGACUUGUUGUUAGGAGUGCACUGACAGUUCUACCUGUGAAAAAUACAUUGUCUUUUUUUACACCACUCAAAAAAAAACGACAUUGCUUUCUCAAUUAUGUGAACUGAAAACAUUUCUUUUUGUACACGUCUGUUGUUUUCUUUGUAUAGGGGCCUCCAUUUAUAGAAAUAAAUAGAAUUUUACACCAGUGUUACUGAAAAAUCGAUCUUUGUAGAGUACCAAUAUGAGAGGGCAGAAUGCUGUUGGAAUUGUAAAUUCAUUCAAAGCUAUUUAAUAAAAUAUAUAUGAGUCUCAUUCACAUUGA